ACCCUCCUCACCAACAGUCAUGAGCAGAUUCCUCAAGCGAUAUGACGUUAAUUUCCCCGACCUUUCCUCUGAUGUACGCGAAAGAGAAGACUGGAAACCGGCAGAGUUGAGAUCUUUUGAUUUUGCCAUCGAGGUGUCCGCUCUUGCCGUGGACCCGUUGUCAGGUCUUCUAGCAGCUGGUACUGCCGAUGGUCUCCUAUUUAUAUGGGGAAAACCUGGUGUCGAGAUUAAACUGUCGAUUCCGGAGCGAAUAGGUGCCAAGUUUGUUCAAUUUUCAGUCUCAACGUUCCAAAUCGUUUGUCUGGAUAACACGAAUCGCCUACACGUCUGGGAUCUCUCAAACUAUGGAUACCCCAAAUACGUCUGUUCAGCAUUGUUUGAUCAGACAAACGCCAUGACAUUGUCGCCUUCCCACUCCCAUGCUUUCCUCGUUUUGCAAUCAGGAGAAGUUCGAACGUACGACCUAAUCUGUCAUCGGAAGUCACCUUACACGAUACCGAACAUGUGGAAGCUCUAUGAGGACAAGUUGGCUUCUAGCAAGAUGCCUGAAGUAACAAAUGCGGGCUCGUACAACCUGCUAACUGGGAUUCCAGGAGGGAUAGUCCUAUCUGAUCUCACGCAACGAAAUACGCUACGAGUCUAUGACCUUGUACUACCUCCUGGAGCUCCCGGUGGAACUGGAUAUGGUGCUGAAGACAUCCUAACGCACAGAAGGCCAGAAGUUACAUGUCUAGCUAUCCAUCCGGCAGGACACUUCUUUGCCGUUGGCUAUACAGACGGCAUUAUUGCCUACUGGGCUGUGGAAGAUGAAGAUCAACCUCUCAUGGUGCGAACACUUGACUUAAUAGACGUCAAUGUAGUCGAUGGCCAUCAGCUUGAGGAGCACCUGGCUAAACCCAACAAUCAAGCACCGCCGUCUUUGCAGAGAGAACCGAUAUUCAAGCUUUCGUGGAGCUCGUUUUCGGAUUCUUCGGAACCUAGGGGAGGAUGCACAACUCUGACAGUCCUUGGAGGUUUGUUUUUUGGGGAACCCCCCGGAAUUAGCGUGCUUUGGCUUCCUGCCUUUAAUCCACCCGAACCGCCAACGCCGGUUACCGAAGGAGCACUGCAUCCAUUCUACAGAUCUUCUAUGCGGGAUUCUCUUGUCCCCACGCGAUCUUACUUCUAUUCUAGUAAUAACACAGUACAAGACUACUUACUCAUUCCUCGGAACAGUCCCCAUUUAUCAGGUGCCUUUGAUCCCGUAUCUAUAUUGAUACUAUCCGAAUCGACGGAUGAUACGCGAGCACUCGAGGCGUACGAGUUUCCCCCUCCAUCUUUUUCAACCCAAGAAGAGGCCAGUUCCGAUGCUUCAGAGGAUGAUAAAAACGAGGAUACUCUGGACGAGUUAACGGCUACACUCAAAUCCUUGCAGAUGAGUAGUGACCCUCUACGGUUGCAGCUUCCCUGGUCCUUGUGCAGUGAGCUAUUGCAUGGCCGACUCGGCGUAGUUGAUCGUGAUACAUACCAGAAACUGGUUACUGCUACUGAGCCACUAGCUGAAAAGGCACUACCGCUGAAAGGUGGUUAUGCGUGGAAUGAUGAAUCGAAUGACAUGAAAUCAUCUAAAUUCCAAACAAAUCGUAUAUUGAUUACUUGCCAUCAAGAUCUCUCCAUACGAUUUUAUGACAUGAGCGUCCAAUUGCUUAUUGCUGUCAGGCCGGAUCCUAUCCAAUACGAUUUCCCGACUCCGCUGCCUCAUCUGACAAUGAACUUGUCUUUGCUCUUACUGGAUCCACUGGUAUCCAAGCAAAUAUCGACGACAACAGCAGCACCAUUGUCUAUACAAUCAAUCCUGUUUUCGUCGGAGUCUCUGGAGCCUGCAAUUGUCCUCUCAACUGGCAACGUACUGGUGUUUCGAUUACAGGAUGGGCAACGUAACGCUCCGCCGUACCGGGAAUGCGAAGACCGAGAACUCACAUGUUUGGAGCAUCUUAGCAUCUCCGCUGGCUACAAGUAUGCACCCUAUGCCAUUCUAUCGCCAAAUAAAGGACCAGUGACUGCUUGCGCAAUAUCAGAUAUCGGGUUUCUAUCUGUGGCAUAUGGGGACGGAUCAUUGUAUAUUAUCGACCUGCGCGAACCAAGAAAUCCUCAUUCUAUCGGUCUACAUCUAAGUGGCCACGCUUUGGAACCCUUUGUUUCUUUGACCUGGACAAUAAGCGCACUGAAAUCAGAUAAUCAUAAUGGUGUUCGGCUCAUUGCUAUCAGAAAAUCAGGGGUUUGCGAAGUGUAUACGAUAUCCCGAGUGAGCUCGUCGUGGAGAUGCAGUGAAGAAUUUGUCAAAGUGGAUGGUGUAAGCGAUCCGUUUCCCGAGGGCACAUAUAUAGUGGAUGCUAAAACAGGCACUCACCGCAAUGCUACUCGGCGGGGUUUGAGCGAUGCUUUCAAUUCAUCUUCAGUACAAGGGCACGUAUACUUCGUCACUACGGGCAUCAAAGGAGCAAGAUGCUAUAUAGACAUUGAUGGCGAUCGUAUAGGCAAGGUUGAUUGGAACAGCAAGUCUGGUACGGUACAAGAGGUCAAAGUCGUAGAAAAGCUCGGCUCCUGCGCCCUUGUUGCAUUCACGGACAAGCAAGAAGCGCUAGUAUACUCCAUUCCUCAUUUGGAAUUCAUCAACGCUUUCCCGCUACCUCUGACAUUUUCAACCAUUACGGUUGAUGAAACCGGGGAUUUUAUUGGAUGGCAGUGCCAUUCUCGCUCUAGUUUAAUGCGACGCGCUGUAUACGGCACUUUGUUCGACAUGCGACGCUCCAUUCCCCUGCCGGAUAUUGAUCUGACAAGUACUAAAGUCCCGGUUCCUGCUCAGCCGCAGCCAGUGUCUAUGGGGCCGACGUCUUUUCUAGGAUCUUGGUUGACUUAUGGGAAUCAGUCCAUAACCGGGGACCAGGCUGAUGAACUAUUGGGUGGUCCAAAUAGGCCUAUUCCGCAGCCAAAAACCGAACCAUCUGCAGGGGUUUCCUAUGAGGGAAUAUCACAAGGCGCCUCUGCAAUAGCUGCUUCUGCAACCGCAACUCAGAGUAGCUUAUACGAGCGCUUAUCAUCUGCUCUCAAUGACCGAGGGCAGAUGCUGGGUAACUUGGAGGACAGCUUCAAUUCCCUCGAACAAGGUAGUAGAAACAUGGCAGCGCAGGCGAAGCGGUUGGCUGCUGAGCAGACCGCAAAGCAAUGGUUUCGGUUUUGAUACCUUCGUCAACUCCAGUGAGAUAUAGACUGUUGGCGCUUGCUUACGAUACCCAGCAUUGUGAGGUCCGGUUUGUAGUAGUCUUUUUGAUGAUCCCUAUUUUACUAUCUAAUGUCGUAAAUACCUGAGUGGAAAUCCAGUAGAAUGAU